AUGGGCAAAUUUACUCAAAGCAGAUACCGAAGCAGUGAUUAUGAUGGUAGUAGGAAAUCCCAAUAUUCUCAUAGAGAACCCUAUCAUCAAACAAGAAGAGAAGAAACAAGACCACGUUAUCGUGGUGAGGAGGAUGAUCAAUAUUAUCGUUCAAAAUCUUAUCAAAAUAAUGAAUCCUCAUCGUCUUACUAUUUUGAUAAAUCAUCAUCAAACAGAUCGUAUCAUAACUCAAAUUAUAGAGGCUCAUCAUCAAGGACGAGAACAAAUUCCUAUAAAGAAGAACGCACAUAUCGACAAGAGGACACAACAAGAAGAAACCACAAACGAUUGAAUGAGAAACCCGAAGAAGAACAAAGAGAAAGCAGCAAAACCACUACUUCUCCAGCACAAGAUAUAGAAUAUGAGGUUACUCUUUCCGAUGAGGAGGAAAUCGCAAAACUGGGUAGCACUACUAAUAUGCAAGAGAAAACAAAGGACAAGUCCAAUUCAUCGGACUCACCUACCUCAAGCAACAAUGAGGAAAUAAUAUUUGAUUUUAGAAAUUCAAAACGAGUGAUUGCAAUGAUACAAAAACUAUGUAUUGAGAAAAAACUCACAAAAGAGAACAAUGACUUUAGAAGUAUUUUGAAAGAAAAAUUAAUUUCAACCAUACUCUCUCAAACUAGAGAAUUUUUGGAAGACAACACAGAUGAAAAAUUUAUUAGAAACUUUGAGCAAUACAUGACAAGGCGAAUGAUUUAUCGAACUACCAACCACGCCAUUCAGUUUUUUGUGAAAAAAACAGAGGUACAAAAGAAAAAGACCAAGGAUGAAACAUUCUUUGAAUUUUUGGAGCAAUUAGUUCUUCAUUUUGAGUGGGAUUCUAAUGGAUUACAUGGUGUGUUGCUAGAACCAGUUCAAUGUUUGUUUUUUACAAAUGAAGGACAGAAGAGCUAUGAUUUUGAAUCAGCCUUCAUGGUUAUUUAUACAAAAAAACCCAAUGAAAAAAAGUCAGGCUUUAAUUUCAGAUUUUUGAUGUGCCGCAUUGAGGAUGGAACUCUAAGUUUUCCAGGUGGAAAAAAGUUGUACAAGUCUGAGUCUUUUGAUGACUGCAUAAGCAGAGAAUUGAACGAAGAGCUCUAUGGAGUUAAUGUGCAUGCUGCAUCGUCCAUUAAACGAGGUCCACUAUGUUGGAUGGCCAACAAUGCAAUUUAUGCUCACGAGAUUCAAUGGAAGGAGGCAAUGAAAAUCCAACAAAAGAUUGAAAGCAAUUACAACAAACUGAAAAAAGAUGGAGCGAUCAUGGAAUAUUCAAUUAAUCGCGUGUUUGACUCGAGCAUUCUUGAAUCACCCACUCUAGAUUUGGAUAAGGUAUUGGAGCAAAUUAAGAAAUUCAAGUAUGCAGAGGAAAUUGUUGCAUUUAAAUGGAUGAAUGACGACGCAGUUAGUCAGAUGGAUGGAAAUCGAAGUUAUUUCUUGAAGCAAGUCUGUCGAUUAUUUAAAACCAAUAUUGAAAAACAACUCGCCGAGGCAGAAAUGAAACGUGCACAAAAAAAGCCAAUAACCAAGAAGGAGAAGAUGAAGAAAAAGCAACACAAAAAGAAAAAGAAAUGA